AGCCUCACAAUGGAAUUGUACAAAGAACUUGAAUUCUGUGGUUUCAAUCUCAAGUAUGAAAUUUUAUACUCUGAAUGAUGAAUAAAUGCUUUGGAAUUCUAAUUUGACAACUAAAUUCUUUUCCAAAAAUGGCCUGGAUUGCACUUUAUUCAUUUUUUUUUUUUUUUGUUUUUCUGCUCGGCAGAUUAAGGCACUACCCACCAUUAUUAAGCAUAUAUGAAUAAGGGAGAUCCAAUUGAAGGUUUAACAGGAGACUUUCUGUAGUGUUGUUAGUUAAGCGGUUAUGAUGUAAUCUCUCACAGAUGAUAUGUUAUUGUCCACCAAAUCAUUGAGAUGACAUACCACUGCAUAAUUUAUAUCUUUCGUAAUGCAGUUUGGUUUACUUAACAAAUUUGGAGUCUUUAGCCUUUGCUUUGCUCUGCACGUAACAGUCUAAGAAAAAGGAAUGGUGUUGUCACAAAGCUAAAUUGCCAGCUCUAAAAGCAUUCACACCCUCACACACAGUCAGCAAGACCUAAGUAGACAAUGCAAGAUUGAAUGAUUGAAAUGCUGACCCAACUGAUUUUAUUAUUUUACUUGCAUUAACCAAUUGCACAAACAGUAUGAUUUUUUUCUUCUCUUUUUCUUUUCUUUUCUUUUUUUUCCCGUUUUUCCUUUUUUGUAAAAGGUUCCAAAGUUUCUUCAGAAGUAAAAGAUAGAAUACUUGAAUAGCUUGAUAGUUUUGUGAAACCUUAAAAAAAGAAGACUUGAACCUUUCUGCAAUUGUCUUUUCUAAAAGAAACCAGACACACCAUCACCUUCCCAACACCAAUCUUUCUUUAUAGAAUUGUGUGCUUUUUAUUCAUGUGGGUGAGGAAUGAAUGACUCAUCCAACUGAAGUUUAAGAUUCACCAACUUACCUUCCUUCCCCCUAUAAAUACAUUUUCUGAAUCCAUGGCUAGAACAAUCACUCUAAGCAUCCGAUAAUCUCAGAACAUUCUGGGAAUAGAAAGCAAAGAAGAAUCACAUUGGAGCAAUAGCAAUUCAUCAAAUAUGAAGAAACAGCGUCUGGCACAUGUUAUUGAAACCCUGAUCAGCUCACCGGUAGCAUAUCCAGAUGAGAGGGCACCAAAAAGAAUUUUACAGGACCCUUCUGCUGCUAGUGCUAGUGCAUAUAAAGUAGAUAGGAUGAAGAAAAUUGGAAGAAAAGAAGACAAUCUUGCAAGUGGCAUCCGAGAGCACGUGAAAUUGGGACCCAAGAUCACUGAAACUGUGAAGGGGAAACUGAGUUUGGGGGCUAAAAUUAUUAGAGCAGGCGGUGUGAAGAAGAUUUUCAAGCACAAUUUCAGCAUUAGAGAAGGAGAGAAGUUGCUAAAAGCUUCCCAAUGCUAUUUAUCAACAACAGCUGGUCCUAUAGCAGGCCUCCUCUUCAUCUCCACUGACAAGGUUGCCUUCUUCAGCGACAGAUCCAUCAAAUUGUCUUCUCCAACUGGCGAGUUUAUUAGAAUUCAUUACAAGGUCAUGAUCCCAUUAGUAAAGAUAAAGAGAGCCAAUGAAAGCCAAAACAUGAAGAGACCAUCACAGAAGUACAUAGAAAUGGUUACCGUGGACAAUUUUGAUUUCUGGUUCAUGGGAUUCCUAAAUUAUCGUGGAACUUUCAAACAUUUUCAACAGGCACUUUCUCAGGCUCAAUACUUACAACUCGAUCAGAAGUGACUAAACAGAUGUAUUCCACCCCCACCACCACCCCCUUUUUCGUUAGAUGUGUAUAUGAAUUAGGAGAACAAAGUUGUAAAAUCACAACAUUGUAAAAAAAUUGUUACUUAGGCUUUUGGUUCAAUGGAAAACAAUUUUUAUCCUUUUC